AUGGACCGUGCACCCCAGGGCACCACAUCCACAUCCACAUCCACAUCCACAUCCGCCACAUCCUCACAGGAGCCCACAGCACCACCGCCAUCCGCAUCAUCCACAGCAGCAUCAUCGUUGAAAAGGAGGCCGAGCUACACCAGGAGGCCCCAAAAGACCGCCCUCAGGCUGACUAUCCGUCGCAUCAUCAGUGCGUCUCACCAGCAACACCUCACUUCAGUCGAACCACUCUUGUCGAUCCCCACACAACUGGGCGCCGUGACGGAGGCCGUCCUCCAGGAUCACCUCCCUUUCGCCACCCACUCUUCCGCCGCCAGGCGCGACUGCAUACACGCGCUCCAGUCUCGAUCUCGCUAUCGGCCGGCCAGCAUCCAUGACUCCUGUCCUUCGUCCGCAUCACGUAAUCUGUCCUCAGCUCGCCACCCAAACACACCAUCGUCCUCGUCAACCCGUUGUCACUCCUUUGAUAUCGUUCGUGAACACACACCUUCUCAGGGACACGACCUUUGUUCCAGUUCAUCUACAGCAGAGCUUCAGUCAUCUGUCCCCUUGUAUCCGUUCUCGUCUCAGGAUCAUCCAAAACUUCCUCGAGCUAAAGUGCAUGUCCCAGGAAAGCUACCACAAGCUGCGAUAUCGACAUCCGUUCCACCAACGUCCCGUUCAUGGGCAUCGUUUCGACUAUCUCUGACAGCGUCACCCAGUAGACGAGUGAAAGGCAGGCGCCGUUCUGAGAGCGAGGCCUUGUGGACGCGGAUUGUUCAACCCAGAGGAGGGAUUCUAUCGCGUCUGCGGUCAGGAUCGACAGCAGACAUCAGCCCCCUCUCAAGAAGGACCACCAUCUCAGCAUGGCCACCAGUAACAGCGAUGGUUCAUCAAGGGUUGACCGCAGCAAAGCGGACUGCAGACCUGGAUCAGCAAUACAGAGAAUCUGUAAUAUCCUGUUCCAAUGGCCCAUACGAAGGCAGCAUACGAACUGAAGAAGAACCGAAAGCACCUUCGAGAGCAUCAACAGUACAGGUAUCUACUCCACGCCUUGCAUCAGCAUCAGCAUCGCCAUCAUCACCCAUCACAGCCCCCACUUUGCUCGACGUAGUACCUUCGAAAACGCAUUCUGUCGAUACCUUCCAACUGCCACCAGGCGCCACGGUCAAACCACUCCCUCCCCUAUCUAAGCGUUUCUCCCUUUUCGCCGAGGGAGAAUCCCCUAGCAAGAAUUGUGUUAGAGUGGUACUUCCUCAAAAGGGGUGCAUUGGAGCAUUGGUUCCAGGCAAUGACAGACACCACAAAGCCGUCUCGAUCAUGGCGUGUCUCAACAAUGAAAAGCAGGUCUCGCUGCAGGACUCAAAGAAGGACUCAAAACAGGACUCCUGGCAAUAUCAUUGUCUAUCCAAGGCGACAAUGGACCACUCCAUCACGAACGACGUACAUGGUUGUGCUGAUCAUCAAGUACAUUGUUAUCCGCUGACCAUUCGGUCUGAUGUGCAAGCUAUGGCAGCGAUCGAGGAUGACACCUUACCGCUGUCUCCAAUAUCGACCUUAGACGACGCACCGUUCCAGGAUAAUUCCCCACUGUCAAUCUCAUCUUUUACCGCGACGGCAACGGCAGUAGUAACAAAGGCUGCAUCGUCCAGACGACUAGAGUCAUUUCGAUUUCCUCUUCGAAAAAGUCCCAUUGAAAAGAACACCCUCGCCAGACCACAUCGACACCGACACUGUCACCACAAGAGCCUGCCCUACAACACCAUGCAUUCACGCCACCUAGACAAGGUCCUCGACGUCCACUCCCUCUCCCCAUUCGACAUCAUUCAUCACACAAGCAGUAGCAACGCAUCUUUGCCUGAAUCAGAGUGUAAAAAGAUUACUGGAACGAAACAGACGCCUUCGGCUCAGAACGUUUCAGAGCUGGAUCAGUCAGGCACAAUCAUCUCAAGGAGACACGGCCUUGGAUCAGAGAGGCAUAAGCGCUCGGAGACGCAGCGGCUACGCAGAAGCGAGAGUUGUAGCUACAUCUCACAUCGCCCCUCACUGAGUUUCAACUCCUCCAAAAGGGUCCUUUUAAGUCUUCAGGAUCGUCGGAUAUGCAAGCCUGACGCCAAAGUUCAUUGUCGAUUGCCGGAUAUCCUUACAACGCCAGCAGUGGCAUCUAUGCACUGUCCUGAACCAGUCAAUCGUCAGUUUCGGUCGCAAUUGGUGGGAGCAGCGUCGCCGACUAUGCUAGACAGCUCUAUUAUGGAGACGCAAUUGCAUCUCGAGUCCAAAAUCGCGCGGUCGUCUCCAGACAUAAUGGGCCAUCAAAUGUAUGAACUGGAUCAAGGUCACCAUACCUUGGAAAUUGGCAUUGGAUCUUCAACGCCGCACAGUGUACGUGGGACAGAUGUCACUGGAGUGCAGGCUUUUGACCACGAUCUUAGGGGCGCCAUGAACGAGAACGAUGUGGCCGAUGGGUGCGAAGGAAACAAUAUUGUAUUAUGUGCAGAGCCACAGGAUGAGAAAGAGUCAGCUCCGCUUCCUUCAGGCACCGCCCACUCUACUUUCAAGUCCAGUCUGGCCUCGACUUUGGAGGAGUUCGCCAUUGAUCCGAAACCUGUUAUCGAGGCAGGCAAGAUCAAGAGGUUUGUCAAGAGAUCUCAUGCUCUUCAGGAAUUGGAGACGACUGAGGAGAGCUAUGUGAACGACUUGGAUAUUCUCUUGAACGUGUAUCUACAUAUCCUCGAGACGAGAUCAUGGUUCCCACGAAGUAUUCACUCAAAGAUGCAAAGGUGCGUGAGUGGCCUUUUGGCAUUGCAUCGCGAUUUCCACUCUCGAUUACGGGCCUGCAAAGUCGGCGAUUCGGAACAGGAGCGACAGGAAUUGCUGACAGGUUAUAAAAACUUGGCUGAGUCGUUCGAGCUGCUGCAUCAUGAUAAUCAUAUAUACAGCCUGUUCUGUGAGCUGCGAAUGAGGAGUAUCAAGGAGAUCAACCAAUCUGCAAGUCAGGCAACAAUAGCAUGGUUGCGGAAAGAUAGCAAGGAACUGAUGGCCCAGCAAGGACGUCCUAGCAUUCGUGCAGAUCUCAAGGAUUUUCUUAUCAAGCCCAUACAACGCAUCUGUCGAUACCCAUUAUUGUUGAAGGAAAUCAUGCGGCUCACUAGUGAGGACGACUCGGAAUACCCGUAUCUUGAUCACGCGUACCAGCUCAUGAAGAACAUGGCGCGGGAGAUGGAUGAGGCCCAGAAGGCAGUCGAGCGAAAGUUGUUGACAGAGUUGUUUCUCAAGAAGCUACCAGAGACGAACUUCCCAAGAAAGACUGGUAUCCACUCGAACAAGGAUCAUUCGACAUUUGGCGGUAGCGGCGAGAACAGCAGCAAUACCAUGAACUGCAGUAACACCUGUGGCCACAGUUGUAACUGCAACAGCCGCAACAGCAAUGGCAGCAUCCAUGUCGGCAUCCAUUCUCAUCAUCCUCAUGGGGCGUUUAGACGCCUCCGUACAAGUACUGUUGCACCAUUGCACAGCCCUGGAUUUGCUGCGAAUAGCUUCCUCGACUUUGGGUUUAUUCAGGAUGGAGUGGCUCCUAUAGCUCUUACAAAGGCCUUUGCUGGGACUCUGGGAUCAAUCGUAUUAGCAGGUGCGCUCGAGUACGUGAUCUCUCCAGAUGUACCGAUACGAUUGAAAUACUAUGGAUGUUUCCUAUUCGAUACGAUGCUGGUCGUUGUCAAGGCCAAGAAAUCAAGUCUUUACGAGCCUCGUCAAUGGCUGCCACUGCGACUCUGUGAGCUCCAUGAAACGAGUUGCCUAGAUGGUUACACGCGCUUUGGCUGGCGAAUAGUAUUUGACCAGUUCCGACUCGACUUUGGUGCCAGUACCGAGGCCGAGCAGCAAACAUGGAUAAGUACCCUACAGGACCGAAUUCAAGCAUCCAAGGACGCACACGCCAAACUACCGCGGGACAUCGUUGCAUUUGAAACGAUUGUGUCAUCCCUGCCGUGGAAAAUGAACAAGAACCAGACCCCUGGCCUUGUUUCCUCGCGCCAUCUACAGAUAUGUCAGCAAUCACCCUCACCCUCACCUUCACCCUGGUCUGCUUGCUCGUCAGCCAUCCCGUCACCACUCAUGCCGCCACCUCCUUCAGCGUCUUCGAGCACAAUGAUGAUGGCCAUGUCUUCGGCAGUAGUGGUUGAGCCCGAAAAAUGGAACGCUGGUGAAUUAAGACAAACUAUUGACGACUGCACCUGCCACGAAGAUGGACGGUUGCGCCUGCAUCAUCAUGAGGCACCAGAUUGCCAUACAGAACCGCAAUGUCUGAAUAAUCCUUCAACAGGAGAUCGAGAGGGUCCGUGUAUCGGAGGAAUGGCAGGCACUGAGCCACAGGAAAAAGAUCACUCAGAACAUCUGCACUCACAGACGCUGCGCCCAUAUGAUCGCCAGCUUAGACCAGAAUCUGCGGCCAACUUGCUGUAUCAAUCGAUGCAGAUUCCCUGGCUCCUGACGGAGAAUCGACAGAGAACCCAUUCCUUCGAUGUCACACGAGUGUUCACGUCGAGCAACAACAGUAUCAAGCACAACCAACGGGUGCUGAUCCAGAGUAUGUUCAAGGAUGUCUCGACCGAGGACGUGUGGACGACCACGACAGCGUCACAGCCCUCACCUCAGCCUGUCUCCGCAUUGUCGCGCUAUGGCAGCUCAUCCCCCUUUAGUUACUUUCAUUCGGUCACGAUGCCGCCUUCUCCUCGCCAGGGUGUCAGCGGAAUCCUUCAUCCGACGGUACAUUCAGAGUCAAUAGGAUCUACUACUCUUGCCGGAGAGGACAGCACCGGGACUUUUCCCGUGUCGCUGACCAACCGGCUCCUGCGCAGACCCGAUUCUCUGACUAAAGUGCGAGUAUCGACUAUCAGAUCAGAGGGGAUUCAAGAAAAGACUGGAAAAGACCGUCGAAGAAACUCCACUACGGCGGCCAUUGCAGGGACAUUGUCGUUCAACUUCCGUAAGAAUUCUGAUCCUCAACUCUCGGCCAACCAACGCCUUCGUUCGUCUACGAAGGAGACUCUACGGGCCGGUAGCGCCGAAGAAUUGGAGUGCACCGAAAGAAGCCACCAUGAUCGGCAGACCUCUGUUAGCGCUAUGGUGAACAGGAUUGAAAAUCGAACCUCUGCAUUCCUAUCCCACGAGAUUAAGCAUAGCCAGAGCAACACCGAGCUCUGGUCUGUAGAUAUGCCAUACUUGGUCGAAGAUGACUAUGGUGACAAGGAUAUAUUAGAUACAUUGACAACCGCAGGCGAGGCUGCCAGAUCGCGACGCGGGGGUGAGAGAAUGACGAGGAGAUACUCUGAAAUCGCUACAGUCUACGACCUGAAAUCCUCCUCGUCCUCAUAUUCCUUACCGGCGACGUUUUUUCGGUCCGCCAACACGAGUACACAGUCUUUGACGCCGUCGCGCCCCAAGGAUGGACCGAAGGAUGGUGCGGAAAAGAUUUGGUCAGCCAUGGGUCGGAUGAUGCAGAAGCGAAGCCAUGAGAGGAGCGGAAUCAGUCGAAGCAGAAGUAGUAGCUCUAGCUCUAGCGGCCAGAGUCAAGCAGGUCUUGCAAGCCAUCCAGGGAAUGUUCCGUUGGUGCUCUCGCCGAUGUCCUCUCCAAUGAGGCGGCCUCUUCAGCUCAACCACCAGGACUCUGUCAUUCAAGAGGACAGCAUGGGUCACAAGGAAACGAUGUGUCGUCCUGCUACAGUCUUCGAACGAACACUGUUGCGGAGAUCGUCGACUGCCGGCUCAAGAUCAACCACGACUUCGUCAUCCACAUUCUCGAACCAUAUCCGAACGAAUUCCGCAAGCACGAUCCAGUCCCUAGGAUCCGAAUCGAGUUUCACGGGCAGUAGCGCAACUGAGAUGUCAUCGUCUUCUGGGGCCCCAAGAGUGAUAAUGGCAGCGCCAUCUGUGUCGAUUACCGGCUGCUCGUCUGAACCAUCGCCCGAGGACGACAGGACCCUUGUUUCUGUAUCUUCAGGAACAGAACCAGGAUCAGGACACGUUGUAAAUCAGCACCUCAAGGAACACCAGAAGGAGAUGCAGGCCAGUCCAAAGAUCGUUACCCAUGCCCUCGCUCACCCUCGCUCUCAUCUGGAAAGAAAUGGAUCAUCGUCCUCAAGCCACGACCGCAGGAAAUCGUUCUCGAUCCUGCACAAUAUCACCUAUUCAGCUUCACAAAAGUUCAAGACGUUGAUGCGAUCCCCCAGUAGUGCUCGAAGACGAACAGUCAUGAGUCUUUCGCCGAUCACGAAGGAACAGACAUUCGAUUCUAACGACGAAGGUCACGACGAGAGUCAAGAAGGAGAAGAGCAGGAAGGAGACUGCGGUGCUAAGGCGGCAGCGACGUGA